AUAUUCAUAUUGGGUUGCUUUUCAAAAUCGGUAUUCGAAGGUCAUGGGUUUGUGUCAGAGACUUGAUAGUCUUUGUCAACCGAAAUGCAGAAAAUGGGUUGGCAUUAUUAUUGGAAUAUUGGAGCUAUUUUGGUUUGGAGGUUAUUACUACGGUUUCAAUUCCCUAAUACCAGCUUGGAAAUCACUAGGAGUAUCUGCAUAUAACUGUAGUACUGAAACGAACGCCUGUUUAUAUAAUGACGCUUUGUUUGGAAAUGGUUUUGUUGUAUGGUUUGUGACACAAAAUUGUCUCAUUUCAUUUGCUGGUAUAUUCAUGGAUAAGGUUGGAUUGAGAGCUUUAAAGUUGGUGGCUGUAUUCAUGUAUUUUGUUGGAACACUAUUGUUUGCCUUUUUAAAUGGUGAUACAGAGCCACUGUAUUAUGUUGCCGGUAUAUUUGUUGCUAUAGGGAGUACUUCAAAUCUAAUAUGCAAUCAACAUAUCACUUCAAUGUUUCCUAAACGUAGGGGGUUCGGUAUAUCUCUCCUGUCUGGAGCUUUUGAUUCAAGCACACUAAUAGCGUUCAUACUUUCUGAAACAUACACACAACUCUCAUUGCAGAAAUCUUUCAUUAUUAUUGCAAUUGUUUCAAUAUGUGUUGGUCUAUUUAUGGGCAUAUUUAUUUUGACCACAAGAUCGGAUGACAUGAGAAAAUUUGCAAGCAACUUUAAAGAUUCUGUAACACGUGAUGAGGACGAAGGUGAUCAGGAAAGACUAUCACAAGAAUGUUUCGAGGAUGAUAAUAAAAACAAGUUAUCAUCAGACAAAGAGUUAAAAAUGACUGAAGUAUCUAGAAAAAUCACCAUGAUUAUCGAUCGACGUUAUCAAUCUAUAAAAGAUUGCAUAAUAUCUUUACCAUUCUUGCUUAUUACAAUAUGGUUUAUGCUUGGAUUAUUUCGGUUUUCAACAUUUCUUGGACAAUUACAACGUACCAUAAAUGAAUCAUUCCCGAACGAUAUAACAACAAUUGAUCAUUUAUUACAAAUUUCAUCAGCAUUUUCAAUGUGUGGCUUUUUAGCCGCUCCAAUUACCGGUUUCAUACUGGAUGCAUCACAAGCUUAUUGUAGACGAAAAAUCAUGCAAAAUACUGAUGAGAAUAUAAAUCAACAGCAAAAUGCAAAUCAAAUUUAUUAUACACAUAUAUUUGGUUUAGCACCUGCUUUACUUGUCAUGGCAUUUUGUGCUAUGUUUGUAAGCUGUUUAAUAUUUAUACCAAAUCGUGUGGCUUUUUAUUUUGCAUUCUUAUUUUUUGUUAUGCUACGUUCAAUAUUGUUUAGUGCAUCGGUAGGCUUUUGUUUGACUGCUUUUCCUAUACGUUACUUUGGCACAGUAUGUGGUAUAUUGAAUUCAAUUGGCGGUAUAUUCAGUUUAUUACAAUAUGCAUUUCAGUAUACAAGUAGUGCAGAAAUAGCUAGUAUCAUUAUAACUGUUCUUUCUAUUGGAUUAUUUAUACCACCUAUAAUUUUGUUUAAAAAGAGAGGUUUGUGAAAUAAGAAGGGAUUUUGGUAGCUAGUAUUCUUUAGAUUUUUUUUUUUAAAUUUGUUAUAUUCUUAGUAUCUUUUAAUUUAUAAUUACACCUAAGUCACUGUAUCUUCCUUUUUUUUUUUGAAAAAAAGUCUCAUACAAUUAAAAACACAAACUUUAGAAGUUUUUCAUAGAUAAUCUCAUGAAAUUAGAUAAACUUCUGAGGCUGUGCUGAUUUUGAUGCUUUAUUUUGUUACUUCUUCAUUUUAUGUCAGAAGCGAAAUUUUAAUCACGUUUUUUUGCAGUUUCAUACUUUACAUUUUCUUUUUGCUUAAUUUUUCGGGUGGAAAUUACUUUUAAAAAAAUUUGAAUUAACAGGAGAGAUUUUUUUCAACUUAAAAAUGGUUUGUAUAUUGCAGAACGAUUUUUUGUACAUAUAUGAUGAUUUUUUGUCAAAUAUAACCAGAAUUAUUUGCAUACUUUA